AAAGAACAGUGAAAGUGGGUGUUGUUGUUUAAGCGUAAUUUGCAUGAAUCUCCACGUCCGAUGAAUUUGUUACACAAAUAUACUCCAUUAUACGAUGUUCAGACAAGGAGUUGUUUCAGCUUAACGUCGACCGUGAAUUUCAAAUCUUUUCUGCCUUAAACUUUGGUGUUGUUGUGAUUCAAAGUGCUUCUAAAGGAACAGAGCGAUGGACCCUUUUCCGAGGUCUUCUCGAGAGGAAGAUGAUGAAGAGUCUCUGGAAGCGCAGGGACAAGCAAAAGAAGUUGACAUUCGAAGUCUCGGGUUGGAGCAACUGAAGAACUUGUCGGGGAAGGUUGUGAAAAAUACAGAGGAAGAUAAUGAGAACUGCUUGCUAAGGCUCAAGAAGCGGUUUGAUCGAGUUGGGAUUGAAAUUCCCACCAUUGAAGUCCGUUUUGAGCACCUAACUGUAGAUGCAGAAACUUAUGUUGGAAACAGAGCAUUACCUACACUUUUCAAUUUCACUAUUAAUUUCUUUGAGUUGUUGUUGAAUUAUGUUCACAUUCUUCCAAGUAGAAAGAAGUCAUUAUCCAUUCUUCGCGAUGUUAGUGGAAUUAUCAAGCCUGGCAGGAUGACUCUGCUUUUAGGCCCCCCAAGCUCGGGAAAGACCACUUUGCUAUUAGCUUUGGCCGGAAGACUUGGCUCCCAUCUGAAAUCUUCAGGGGGAGUUACAUACAAUGGCCAUGGAAUGAGUGAGUUUGUUCCACAGAGGACAUCGGCUUAUAUAAGUCAACAUGAUCUCCAUAUAGGAGAAAUGACAGUGAGAGAAACAUUGGCCUUCUCGGCUAGAUGUCAAGGGGUUGGGCCCCGUUAUGAAAUGUUGGUAGAGUUGUCAAGAAGAGAAAAUGAGGCUAACAUCAAGCCAGAUCCUGAUAUUGACAUUUUAAUGAAGGCUGUUUCACUGGAAGGGGAUGAAGCAAAUGUGAUGACAGAUUAUAUUAUCAAGAUUUUGGGAUUGGAAAUCUGUGCUGACACUAUGGUGGGGAAUGAAAUGCGACGAGGUAUCUCUGGUGGACAAAGAAAACGAGUGACAGUAGGGGAGAUGCUGGUUGGACCGGCUAGGGCCCUUUUCAUGGAUGAUAUAUCAACUGGCUUGGAUAGUUCAACAACUUUCCAGAUUGUGAAUUCACUCGGGCAGGCUAUUCACAUUCUUGGAGGAACAUCAGUGAUCUCUCUCCUCCAGCCAGCACCCGAAACCUAUGACUUAUUUGAUGACAUAAUUCUACUAUCAGAUGAGCAAAUUGUUUAUCAAGGUCCCCGAGAAAGUGUGUUGGAGUUCUUUGAGUUCAUGGGCUUCAAAUGUCCGGAGAGAAAAGGAGUAGCAGACUUCUUACAAGAAGUGACAUCAAAGAAAGAUCAAGAGCAGUAUUGGGCCCAGAAAGAAAUACCUUAUACCUUUGUUACUGCAAAGGAAUUUGCUGAUGCAUUUCAGUCGUUUCACAUUGGUCAGAAACUGGGUGAGGAGCUUGCCAUUCCAUUUGACAAGGCCAAAGCUCACCCUGCUGCUUUAACAAUGAACAAGUACGGUGUUGGGAGGAAGAAACUAUUAAAAGCUUGCUUAUCAAGAGAGUUAUUGCUUAUGAAGAGAAACUCAUUCUUCUACAUGUCCAACACGAUUCAGCUUAUUAUUAUGGCUUUGCUGACGAUGACAUUAUUUAUGCGAAUUGAGAUCCAUCACAAUACAGCAAUGGAUGGUCAAAUCUAUAUGGGUGCUUUGUUCUUUUCAUUAUCCAUGAUUAUGUUCAAUGGAUUCUUAGAGCUUGCCUUAACCAUCCUGAAACUUCCUGUCUUUUAUAAGCAAAGAAACCUUCUCUUUUAUCCUUCAUGGUCAUACUCAUUACCCAUGUGGAUCCUCAAGAUUCCAAUAACAUUUAUAGAAGUUUCCAUUUGGGUGCCGAUGACUUACUAUGUCAUAGGGUUUGAUCCAAGCAUCAAAAGGUUUUCCAAACAGUACCUACUACUUGUGUGUGUUAACCAAAUGGCUUCCGGACUGUUUCGGUUCAUCGCAGCUUUGGGAAGGGAUAUGACCGUUGCAAACACGUUUGGAUCUUUUGGGUUACUUCUAGUCAUUGUUCUGGGUGGAUUUGUUCUGUCAAGAAAUGAAGUGCAGAAAUGGUGGAAAUGGGGUUACUGGAUCUCACCUAUGAUGUAUGGGCAGAAUGCUAUAGCCGUGAAUGAAUUCCUAGGAAACAGUUGGAAGCAUGUGCUUCUUGAUGCAACAGAGCCAUUGGGAGUUUUAGUCUUGAAGUCUCAUGGGAUAUUCCCAGAAGAACAUUGGUUUUGGCUUGGAGUAGGAGCUUCGGUUGGAUUUGUUUUUCUAUUCAAUUUUCUGUUCACCUUGGCUCUAUCUUAUCUCAACCCUUUUGGAAAGCCUCAGGCAGUAAUAUCAGGAGAAAAACCAGUUGAAAAACUAUCACAGAAUGAAAAAGGAGCUAACUUUAAAAGAAGUGUAUCAUCAGGAUCAGCAUGUGCAACAAGCAGUUCUAGUAUUGUGGCUAAUCGGAACAAGAAAGGAGGAAUGGUUCUUCCAUUUGUACCUCUUUUGCUCUCUUUUGAUGAAAUCAGCUAUGCAGUGGACAUGCCUCAGGAAAUGAAAGCUCAAGGUUUUAUAGAAGAACGACUGGAACUUCUGAAGGGUGUGAGUGGUGCUUUCAGGCCAGGAGUCCUUACUGCUCUAAUGGGUGUUAGUGGUGCUGGGAAGACAACUCUGAUGGAUGUUUUGGCUGGGAGGAAAACUGGUGGAUACAUUGAGGGAAGCAUCAUGAUAUCUGGAUAUCCAAAGCAACGGGAAACAUUUGCUCGAAUAUCAGGUUAUUGUGAGCAAACUGACAUCCACUCUCCUUACAUUACAGUCUACGAGUCACUGCUUUACUCUGCAUGGCUCCGUCUACCUCCUGAAGUUGAUAUUGCAACCAGAAAGAUGUUUAUUAAGGAGGUCAUGGACCUAGUGGAGCUGACCUCAUUAAGUGAAGCCCUUGUUGGAUUGCCUACCGUUAAUGGUCUUUCAACUGAGCAGUGCAAGAGGAUGACGAUUGCGGUUGAGCUUGUUUCCAACCCAUCUAUAAUAUUCAUGGAUGAGCCAACCUCAGGCCUUGAUGCGAGAGCAGCCGCAGUUGUGAUGAGAGCAGUGAGGAAUACAGUGGACACAGGACGAACUGUGGUAUGCACCAUCCACCAGCCAAGCAUUGAUAUAUUUGAUGCCUUUGAUGAGCUAUAUCUUUUGAAACGCGGAGGUGAAGAAAUAUAUGUAGGCCCAAUAGGCCACCAGGCUUCAUAUUUGAUCAGUUUCUUUGAGGGAAUUAAGGGAGUUAGUAAAAUUAGAGAUGGCUAUAACCCGGCAACAUGGAUGUUGGAAGUGACUACACCAGCACAAGAAACAGCUCUGGGGGUUAAUUUUACCGAUGCAUACAAGAAUUCAGAACUAUACAGGAGAAACAAAGCAAUGAUCAAGGAACUUAGUAAACCUCAGCCAGGUUCAAAAGAUCUGUACUUCCCUACUCGAUACUCGCAAUCACUCUUGAACCAGUGUAUGGCUUGCCUUUGGAAACAACACUGGUCAUAUUGGCGGAACCCACAGUACAGUGCAGUAAGACUAUUAUUCACAAUUUUCACAGCUUUGACACUUGGGACAAUAUUCUGGGGCCUUGGUUCCAAAAGGAGACGGAAGCAAGACAUCUUCAAUGCUGUAGGUUCCAUGUAUGCUGCUGCUCUAUUCAUUGGAAUACAGAAUGCUGCAUUGGUGCAGCCAGUAGUGGCUUUUGAGAGAACAGUUUUCUACAGAGAAAGAGCAGCUGGAAUGUAUUCUGCUUUACCGUAUGCCUUCGGACAGCUCAUGGUUGAGCUCACGUACGUUCUCGUUCAGGCUAUCAUAUAUGGAGGAAUGAUAUAUGCCAUGAUUGGAUUCGAGUGGACAGUUACCAAGUUCUUCUGUAAUCUCUUCUUCACGUACUUCACUUUCCUAUACUUCACUUUCUUUGGGAUGAUGACAGUGGCCAUCACUCCAAACCAAAACAUAGCUGCUGUAGUUGCCUCAUCCUUCUAUUCAAUGUGGAACCUCUUCUCAGGUUUUUUUCUUCCACGAAUGUAUAUGCCGGUGUGGUGGAGAUGGUAUUACUGGGCAUGUCCUUUUGCUUGGACCUUGUAUGGAUUGGUUGCUUCACAGUUUGGAGACACCAAAGACAAGCUUGAAUCUGGCCAAACGGUGGAAGAAUUUAUUACGAGUUAUUUUGGGUUUAGAUAUGACUUCCUAGGAGUGGUUUCCAUUGUGAUUAUUGGGAUAACACUUCUCUUCGGAGUCGGCUUUGCCUUUUCAAUAAAGGCAUUCAACUUCCAGAAAAGGUGAUCAGGAAGGUGGUCAUAAUUUCGCUGAACUUCAUUGAUACUAAUGUAAUGUAAGAUAUAAUCUCCUCAAAUUCCCGGUGUGGGUUUGGUGUGUCGGGGUGCGCGUGUUUCUGACGGUGUCGGGAGGUCGUCGGUGGUCGAGGUCGGAGUCGUGCUCGGUUGGUGUUCAAACGGAGAUGGUGAAGGGCUUUGGAACUCAAAGGGCAUUUUCGUCUAAGUUUUUAUGAGUUUGUUUUGAAUUCAUUUAGCAUUUAUUUAAUGUUGAAUGUGAACUGUUAGAUCCAAAGGAUUUAAAAUCUCAAAUGUCAAAGGGAAUUUGAGGGAUCCUAAUCCCCAUAAA